AUGCUAUUUAACUUAAUCAAACAAUUGAAAACUUUCACAUAUCAAUAUCAUUUCGAACAUCGAUCGUCUGCUUUUAUUAUCAAAUGUAUAACCUUAUACUAAAGACUAAUCAAUAUGUAGGUAAACAAGUCUUAGGCAAGUGAACACGUGCAUAGGGGCCUUAUUAGGUAAAAACAAAUUUCCGAUUAUCUUUGAAAUGGAGUAAAUUAGAAUACCGGUGUCAUUGAGAAAGUGACUUUAUUUAAGCUCAGGAAUGCACCCUUAAUAUUAAAGGAGUUUAAAAAAACACCGUAUAUUAAGCAUUAACCUCUCAAACUCAUCAAACUAAUUCAAUCAUAAACUGACUGGUCUUAGAAACAAGUAUAUUAAUUUGUUUUCUGUUCUGUUUUCUAAGCGGUUAAAAUCGUUUAUCAUUGUUAGAUUUUAAUUAUUUAUCUUAGGAGUAACGUAACACUGAUAUUAUUUGUGUGUAGGUAAUAAAUCAGGUUUUUUUCAUAUUUUAAUGUAAAUUAUUAUUGGUUUAUGCUGAUUGCUAAAUUAAUUAAAAUAUCCAUCAAGCGUGACCAGAAGGGACAUGAAAAACCACCAUGUCAGUAUAGUUAUGAUGACUGUGACUCUAGCAUACAGUGCCCCUAUUGAAUACGAGUAUGUUUCCAUCGAAGUCACCCCAAGUAUACCAAUCGAGAGACAAAAUGGCGACUCCAAUUCAGGAAGCUGCUGCCAAUCUGGCUCUCAGAGUUGUUGCCCUUAUGACUACGAUGACACGUGUGAAACUGCAAGCAAUAGAACCUUGUGUGGUUACAAUAAAAACCAAAAGAAACCUGAUGAAAUGCCAAACGCAACAAUAUACGGUCUUCCUUGCCGAGUGAACGAUGAUCGUCUCGAGUGCGGAUAUAACGGACCUUAUAUAACCGAUCGGAUACCAAAUUUUCCAAAUAUGAAUCAUCCAAAUAACCCAGACUGCUGCAGUUGUUGUAACCAAGAAACUACUAAAGAAGUGGCUAGUGAAGCCACAAAAACAGCAACAACAAUAAAAACGACAGCAGCUACUGUAACUACUAUCAAAUUCAGAGUUGAAACUACAACCUCUACCACUACCACCACUGCCACUACCCCGAAACCUGUCACUACCACAAAAAAAUACGAAAAAACUACGAAGUUCAUGAAGUUGGCUUCUAAAUCACCCAAUCUGGACUUUACAACGACCAAUCGGCCAACUACAUCAUGCGAGACCGUGGAGGAGAGAUGUGUUAUCACAUAUGACAGUCCUUGUAUACCGGAACCACCUUGUCGCCAAGAUUAG